GCAUCAUCACACGAGGGGGCAGCGCGGCCGCUAGCUCUGCCCCGGCGCCCGCCUGCCUCUGCCUCCCUCCUCUCGGCGGCUCGCCGCAGCCCGGGUUCUGUCGAGUCAAAGCGAGGAUCAGGUUCCCUGCCUCCAGUAUAAAAAUCUCAGGGAAGAAAUCUCCAGCUGGAGAGAGAGACGGGGAGAGGGAGGAGCGGGGCGUGAGUCGGAGGUCCGUGGGGAAGCGGAGCCGCGGCGCCGACAGCACCCGCAGCACCAGCAGCACCCGCCGCGCACCGGGGACGCCUGCGGCUCGCCCCUUACAGCUGCGGGAGAAGCGCUUCUCGCCGCCCGAAAAUGUUACAGCAACAACAACAACGUCGAAUGUUCACGGCUGCUCUCCUGGCACUUGUCUUCAUUCUGGCAGCAGUGAGUACCACUGAGGCUGGAAAGAAAGAGAAACCAGAGAAAAAGGCCAAGAAAUCUGACUGUGGGGAAUGGCAGUGGAGUGUCUGUGUGCCCACCAAUGGAGACUGCGGCCUGGGGACACGCGAGGGAACUCGCACUGGAGCAGAGUGCAAACAAACCACCAAGACUCAGAAGUGUAAGAUUCCCUGCAACUGGAAGAAGCAAUUUGGAGCAGAGUGUAAAUACCAGUUCCAGGCCUGGGGAGAAUGUGACUUGAAUACUGCCUUGAAAACUCGAACUGGGAACCUAAAGAGAGCUCUUCAUAAUGCUGACUGCCAGAAGACUGUCACAAUCUCAAAGCCCUGUGGGAAGCUUACCAAACCCAAACCUCAAGAAUCCAAGAAGAAGAAAAAGGAAGGCAAGAAACAAGAGAAGAUGCUGGAUUAAUGGAGCCAACUUGGGCAGUGUGAGAAAGGGACAUCAGCAAACACGAUCGGUUAACAGUUUCAUUUAUACCUAGGCAUUCUAUCCUAAAAUUAUUUAUAGCUUAAUGGUACAAUAGAAGGAAACAAGCAAACAGGCAAAAAAUAUCCUUUUUUAUUACUUCAGUAUUUUUAAUGUAUAACGCUAACAACAGUUUUUAGAGGCCUGUGAUAAAGGACUCCAAACUCAUUUAGAGAAAAUUCUGUCUAUUGCAUAUUGAACAGUGUAGAGGUUUUUGAAAUAGUUUUUUUUUUUUUUCUCAAGUCUUGCUGUAGGUCUCAGUCUUGAAACUACUCCCUGCAAGCAGAAUCUGAACCUGUGUAGAGCCCUGCCUAACCCAGUGAUACCCUGUGUGGAUGCAGGAGUCUGGUUGGGUGCAGUUAUAUUUUAAAUUAGAACCGUAUGUCUGAAACAACAAACAAAUACUGUUUCUUAAGUUGUUGUUACACCUGGAUAACUCUAUGUAGUUAUUUGUUUAAGGAGAGCAUGGGGGCAUUUUGUUGAGCAUUUGCAGGCAAAGAAUUUUUUUCUCUGUGUGAUGAAUGUUCAUUCUUAACUGUCAUACUGUGGGUAAAAAACAGUGGUGUUUGUAGCUUGGUUCCUGGCAGUAAAAAUUGUAAAAUCUUUCAGUGGUUUGAUAUAUCAUGGUCCUAAAUUUUUAGGAUUUUGUAGAAAAGAUACUUUCUACAAAAAUAUCUAGGUGGAAGGAUAGCAAAACUUUUUUUCCUCUUUUACCAUGUUGACAAUGGUGACUGAUAAUGUCAUCUGUUUUACCUGCAAAAGCACAAACAUGCUUUUUUUCUUUCUUCCUUUUUAAUUUAUUUUUUCUUUUUUUUUUCCAGAACAAAGAAUAUCUUUUACAUAAAAAUCUAAUUGUUGCUAUUCUGCCUGAUCCAACUCUCUUUUGUAUUAGUGGGAAUCUUCCUGUUGAUUUUAACUAUAGCUGGUUGAAAAUAGAAAUUAUGUCUACUGGGAAGUAACAGAACAAAUCAGUUUGGAAGAUGGCUCAUAUUUCUGACCAGAAAAGGGACAUUUUAUGAGAAUGGAAACAAAUAAGAAUGAAAUUAAUUUUUAGUUUUAUUCGUCUAUUAGUAUAGCAGAAUGAAAAUGUCAAGAUGAUACCUUUUGCUUUCUUCCAUUUUUAAAUAAGUAAGAAUACCUUGGAAAAUCUUAGCCAUAGAGAUAGAUUUUUUCUUUUAAUUUUUUUUAUUUUUUUUUACUCAAAAAGGAAAAAAAAAAAAGAAAAUGUAAAACCUGU